AUGGUGUGCGGCGAUUGCGAGAAGAAAUUGACGAAAAUCGUGGGCGUCGAUCCGUACCGCCACAAAAAAGUGAACAAGAACGCGGACGGAAGCGGUCCGAAGACGGUGACCACCAAAAAUCGAUUGAUUGGAGUGCAGAAGAAGUGCGUUUGGCUUUCUUUCCUUCGAUGUUCGAUUCGAAUAAUUAAGGUAUUGUUGCCAAUUUAAUAGAAAAUAUUUGCAGAGCGUCAAUCGUCGGAGUCAAAUGCAAAUUGUGCAAAAUGCUCAUUCAUCAGGUAAAAAUGCAUUUUUUUUUUGAAGCCUGGACUUUUGACCCACUUGCAAUUAUCCGAUCGGACUCAAACUUUGCAGCCUUCUUGGACUUGGAUUGAAGUAUUUUGGGUCCGAGUUUCAGACCGAUCUGAUCAUUUAGUCCCGAGAUAUACUGGUUUGAGGCCAAAAGGCCGAUUUUUACCGAGAAGCUUGGGCUUUCGGCCAAUGAUCCACAUAUCUCGGGACCAGAUGAUCCGAUGGGUCAGAAACUCGGACCCAACAUACUUUAAUCCGUGUCCAAGAAGCCUGCAAAGUUUGGAUCCGAUCGGAUUGUUGCAAGUGUGUCAAAAGUCCAAAAGCGUGGGCCGGCCUGUUGCCCAGCCAUUUUGAAUCAACAUAAACAUUCAUAUUCUUUCUUGCAGCCGGGAAGCCAUUACUGCUCGACGUGUGCCUAUCAGAAAGGCAUCUGUGCCAUGUGCGGAAAGAAGAUUCUGAAAGUGAAAGGACUCCGACAGAGCACCACGUAA